AUGGGUGGCGUGGCCGCUGAGGCGCCGCUCUGGCUGCCAGCCAUGCCCCCGCCAGCCAUCUGCUGCUACACGUUGGUGCUUCUGCUCUUCACCUUCUCUCUACCUGGGAGCCAUGCAUCCAAUCAGCCCCCGGGUGGCGGCAGUGGCAGCGGGGACUGUCCCAGCAGCAAAAGCAAGAGCAUCAACUGCUCAGAAUUAAAUGUGAGGGAGUCUGACAUAAGAGUUUGUGAUUAGACAUCAUGUAAAUAUGGAGGAGUCUGUAAAGAAGAUGGAGAUGUUUUGAAAUGUGCAUGCCAAUUUCAGUGCCAUACAAAUUACAUUCCUGUCUGUGGAUCAAAUGGGGACACAUAUCAAAAUGAAUACUUUCUCAGAAGGGCUGCUUGUAAGCAUCAGAAAGAGAUAACAGUAGUAGCAAGAGGACCAUGCUACUUUGAUAAUGGAUCUCGAUCUGGAGAAGGAGAAGAGGAAGGGUCAGGAGCAGAAGUUCACAGAAAACACUCCAAGUGUGGACCUUGCAAAUAUAAAACUGAAUGUGAUGAAGAUGCAGAAAACGUUGGGUGUGUAUGUAAUAUAGAUUGCAGUGGAUACAGUUUUAAUCCCAUGUGUGCUUCUGAUGGGAGUUCGUAUAACAAUCCCUGUUUUGUUCGAGAAGCAUCUUGUAUAAAGCAAGAACAAAUUGAUAUAAGACAUCUUGGUCACUGCACAGAUACAGAUGACACUAGUUUGUUGGGAAAAGAUGAUGGACUACAAUAUCGACCAGACGUGAAAGAUGCUAGUGAUCAAAGAGAAGAUGUUUAUAUUGGAAACCACAUGCCUUGCCCUGAAAACCUCAAUGGUUACUGCAUCCAUGGAAAAUGUGAAUUCAUCUAUUCUACUCAGAAGGCUUCUUGUAGAUGUGAAUCUGGUUACACUGGCCAGCACUGUGAAAAGACAGACUGUAGUAUUCUCUAUGUAGUGCCAAGUAGGCAAAAGCUCACCCAUGUUCUUAUUGCAGCAAUUAUUGGAGCUGUACAGAUUGCCAUUAUAGUAGCAAUUGUCAUGUGCAUAACAAGAAAAUGCCCCAAAAACAAUAGAGGACGUCGACAGAAGCAAAACCUAGGUCAUUUUACUUCAGAUACGUCAUCCAGCAUGGUUUAAACUGAUGACUUUUAUAUGUACACUGAUCAUGUGAUAUACAUUUGUUAUGUCUUUUUUAAAGAAUGGAAAUAUUUAUUUCAGAGGCCUUAUUUUUGGACAUUUUUAGUGUAGUACUGUUAGCUUGUAUUUAGAAUAUUCAGCUACAACAGUUUUGGACUGUUUAGUAGUCUUUCUU